AUGGCGCCUUCCCUUACAAGGAAGGAGGUAUCACAACACAACAACAACAAAUCAGCUUGGUUCGUAAUCGGCAACAAAGUUUACGAUGUCACAAAAUUUUUGGAUGAGCAUCCUGGAGGUUGCGAAGUGCUGCUGGAGCAAGCUGGCGGUGAUGCAACCGAAGCAUUUGAAGACGUCGGUCAUUCAACAGAUGCUCGUCAAAUGAGAGAAGAGUAUCUCGUAGGAGAUAUUGUUGAAGGAGAGAAGCAGUUAUAUUCUUACGACAAAAAGACGUGGACCACCAGUUCGUCGGAUAAUCAACAGAGAGGAGCGUCGUCGAAUCCGUUGGAAGCAUUGAUUUACCCUGGUUUGAUCGCCAUUGUGGUUGCCCUCAUAUACUAUCUUCUGUCCAAUUAG